AUGGUCGCUCACAUAAGCUCAAAAAAGCCCGCAAGCGUGGGAUGCACCCACUUGUACGACUGCACUCCAGCCUUGUCUUACACUCCUCCGAUCACCACCAGAGCCAGAAUAGAGGCUUAUUUUCGGUCGACCAGCACACCGGCUGAACAAGCGAAUGCAUGUAAAUGCGGCCUGCUCGGGUUGAUGGUUAAUCCAGCCGAUUGCCUCCUAAGGUAUUUGGUCUACGGUGCCGGCUUCUCGGAUCCGGGUAUCGUGGGAAGAUGUGCCCAACGGGCGCUUAUCAUCAUGGACCCCAUGCGCGGUUCCAGCAUCAUCACAAUCACGUUAAAGAAGGACAAGUUUGCUGACUUUUCUUGCUGGUAUCCUGCUGCAUCUGCUGUUGCAUCGCACCAGCAUGGCACGAACAAGCUGAUCUCACCUUGCUCACCCACCUACUCCGUAGUCCCAGUGGCCCCCGAAGCCCCCCUCCCCCCUGCUCUCAUCGAGGCGGGUAUUGUGCGCAACGUCGCAUCUUGCCGCCCCCAUUGGCUCAUCCGCACGGGGGCCGACCAAUUGAACGGCCCCUCUCGAACUCGGCGCUUAGCAUCCCUCAUCACCUCCGCUCCUCAUUGGACCUCCCCGUUCUCAGCGGCCCUUUCAACCCCCAUUGCCCUGAGCUUACCCGGCCACCCGCCCGCCUGGCCCCCUCUUUGGAUAGCGACGAAGACGACAGCAAAGCUCGAAUCCCGCAAGUCUGAUCGCGAGCUUCUUCUCAUUGCGUUCGAGUGCUGGGAAUACAAGGAACUCACUUUAAACCCCCAAAAGUCUUGGCACAGAGAGGCACAGAGAGGGGAGAGAGUUACAACCCAACGACUUCAUUAA